GUUCAACCUGCACAAAAAAGAGUUCGUGACUGUUUGCAAAAGUUUUUGUACAAAAAACUUACUCGCUGCGACCAUAGUGAAACGUUACAGCAUCACAAAUCCUGACGUUAACAAAGCACCGAAACAUGCAUCCGUUCUGAUUCAAAUAAUGUAAAAAGAACGCAGCGUUCAUCGACGGAAAUGAUAAAGUUGCAAGAUGAAGCGAAACGAUCGGGCAGAACGGUUCUAGAAGUAACAGAGUUUCAACUUUUCCUUGCUCUCUGAAUUUCAUAUUAACUUUCUUGAAAUAGCUCUUCUCCGUUUAACGUAGAAUAUUUUAUCUUUUAAUAUAAAAGUAAAAUCGUCAAAUGUCGAAGCAAUUGUCAAGCAAAUAUACAAAUCUGUCAAUUUGUCCUUUUUGUUACAAGAAGAUUUUGAUUCCAGACAUCAAACUACAUUCACGGUUGCAAAUAAUACCACCAGACAUCGUUAUAACUUUUAUUAUGCUAGCAUUGCAUUGUAUUUUCUUUUUAUGCUCUUCAUUUUCCUACCUUACGUCUUUUCGUUGUAUGACUGCGCUUAGUCGCUUGUUUUGUUCUCUUUCUUUUUUACUAUAGAUUCUUCCUACUUAAUAUCUCCUUUAUUGUCGGAAGAACGAAUAUAUAAGAGAUAAAUAACGCGGGAGAACAAAAUAGGUUACAAUAGGAGCCACCGUGAAGUUCGAUCUUCUAAUAUCCAAAAUAACUCUUUCGUCAGAAUAUGACGUAAUCGCAUUUACGAUAAUACCACCUACGCUGUUCGAAGGAUUUUACAUCAAUCCCUUCGUUCGCGUAAACUCUCAACUAACAACUAACUCCUUCGCGUAAAACCUUCCAACUAACGUCAAAUAUCUGAAAGACGCGGACACUCUUAAACAUCAUUAUCGAUAACGAUUAACGAAAAUAUUAAACAAGUUAUUAGUUUUUCCCUUCUUGUUACCACCUUCGUCUCGAUUUCCAUCGAUACGUUACGAAACAGAACUCUUGUUUCAACUAUAAUUAAAACUGUAACCACGGUUAAAAUGAUAUCCGAUAAAUCCUCGACGAGAAACGACAAAUGUCGUUCUUACCGGCAAUAGAAAACUCUGUAAAGUAAUUGCGUCAUUACCUACAGCCUUCAAGAAAUACGACUUCUGUUUCCACAAGUCCUUCUUAAUUCUUAUCCCGACUCGUUAAUCCCGAACAAAUUGGCUAUUCGUCACGAAGCAGAAAGGGAAAAAGGCUUGCUACUGGAAACGACCCAAGCAAUUAUCAGUCAUCCAACAAAGAAGCCACGUUCGUUUGCCACGAAACCAAUCUUUCGCCCGACGAAGCUUGCGAGAAACACAGAAUUGUCUGUUAUCGAAUUUGACGUGGUAAAGUUAUUAUAACGAGGUGAAUAAUUAAACGCGUUAAACCGUACCAAAUGAGUUUCUGUUCGAAACAGAAACGAAGAUUUAAUUCGAAUUGCUGGACUCUAAUCGGAGAGCCGUUAUCUCGAAUUAAUUCUCAUACGAGUACAUCGACAUUGAUCGAUAGACAGUUUCAUUUUAGAAUGAAACUGAGAAAUUUUUGGCAAGAAACUACGAUCUGACAACCGAUGAAUUUUUAAAGGGAAUCCUGAGCGAAGCUGUGUUUGCUUUGAGAUUCGUUAAAUGGUUUCGAGAGAGAUAAUAAAGUUUCGAACUCGACGCCAAGCUGAUUUGCGAUCCACGACCGAGCGUCGAAGGAGUUUAUUGGGUCGAGAGAAUUAACUGGCUUCCUUGAAUUAACUGGAUGCUCGGUGAAUUUCGAACCAUUGGAUUGGCUGCUGUCAAGCCCGACCUUCGCGACGUCACGGCGGAUUUUUUGACAUGAUUCUGUCGAUCCCUUGUUACCUUGAAAAUCUAUCGAAUAUACAAGCUGAUUCAACUUUUAUGUAUACGGCGGCGAUUUACGAUUAAAAGAAGAGGUCGAUAAAUUUAAAUUUUCAAAAUCUUUUAUAAUUAUAUCCAAUGGUAAUUGUAUCUAACUUCCUAACAAAAGUAUGUGAUGGUAAAUUUCCAGACACCACGAUCGAAUCAUCCUGUAUACCGGAACUACGAUUACAUCGAAAACAUCAAGGAUCUCGGAAAUCCCAGUCCUUCUAACGCGUUGUCGUCGAAAAAUCCGAUUCUGGUCGCAGACUGUAACGCUUUCGGAAGAUGCGCAGCAAGUUCCCCGUCAUGUUGCUGACCGCGACCAUCCUAUUCCGUGUCGCUUGCGAAUUGUUCGAACCGAAUUACUCGGGCAACUAUUCCAACUUAUAUCCUUUUGUAGAAAAGUGGGCCAUGACCAGUUACACGAAAAUGUUGACCGUGGUAUUCGACGAUUACGAGUAUCAUCGUGCGUUUGAUGUUCCUCGUGACAUUCUAAUCGGCUUAAACGUCUCCACCAAACUAGUCAGCCUAAAACAUGCAAUAUCUUUGAAGUACAAGAACAUGAGACGCGAUUAUCAGACCAUAGAGACAGAAAGUUGCGUGUUGCUGUUGUUCUCGAACGUGGAACAUCUCAGGGAUAUCCUUAGUUCUCCGCAUUUGAUGUCGUUCUGGCAUCCAGAAAAUUUCUAUAUUCUUCAAGAACAGGGUCUACAAUUCUUCGAUUCGCCGGUAUACGAGAAAUUUUGCAAGUGGGCGUUCGAGAGGCUUUGGAGAUUUAGAAGGGUUUAUAAGCUGCUUUUGUUCGCCGCUGACAAAGUGAUUCGAUACGACCCUUUCGAUUACGCUGCUCGUCACACUGGGUAUAGCGUUAACACCAGCUGCGAUUGGAACUGUGUUAAAUCGAACAAGGACGGUUUUCUAUUGAUCAACGGACCAAAUACCACCGAUAUAUCGGAUUUUUUCAUCAAGGAUAGAAGAGACUUUAAAUUAUCCCCGUUAAAAAUCUCCAUCUUCGAAACGAGCACGAUAUCUUUCCAGAACGGCCAAUUUUCUGGAUUAGACUUCAAAUAUCUCGAAGAAGUUUGUAAAAUGAUGAACGUGACGUUCGUUCUAAUUAGAUCGAAAGAUAGAUUCGGCUGGGAAGAGAACGGAAUAUUUUUUGGGACUAUUGGACACUUGGUCUAUAAGUUUGCAGACGUAUCGUUCAAUCAUUUUUUCAUUAAAGACUAUUCCACCAGGGAGCUAGAGUUCACGACGCCGAUCACCAGCGACAAAUUAUGCGUGCUUGUUCCUAAAGCACCACCAGUUCCUGACUAUCUUGUGAUCUUCAAGAUCUUCACUGAAGGAGCCUGGUUGUUAGUGUUCGCCACGCAUUUCGUCAUCUCGAUGAUUUAUACGAUCUUGAAGAACGAAAGGUUCGAAGCUAUUCGACAAAGCGGAACAGUACUUUUCUGCUGCGAAUAUCUGACUGGCUUUUACUUCCUCGAGAAACGAAACGGAGGCGUGGUCAAAAUCGCUCCAAAAUUUACGAAGAAGCGAGCGUAUGACGAAGCACACGGAAUUUACCUAGUCGAGAAAACGCCAAAUGUUCGAUCGACGAUAAAAACGAAGAAAGGCCGCUCGAAGCGAUUCAACGAAAUCUGUUUGUCCUUUGUCACGUGGCUGGGCAGAUAUUUAACAAAAGUUGUGUUUCAACUGAUGCAGCCCUUUAAAUUGGGCCAGGCUUGGUUCCCCGAGAGGUUGUUGAUGAUGUGCAGUCUGUUUCUAAGUUUGAUCCUUAAUGGGAUUAUCACUUCUCAGCUUGCCUCUAGUUUCAGUAAAAGAUUGUAUUACGAGGACAUCAAUACCUUGGAGCAGUUGAAAGAAAGCGGUCUCGCGAUUUUAACCGACACCAGAGAUGUUCUCGACGACGCGUUGACUGACAUUACAUCGCCAAUAAUCAAACAGCUAAACGAUAGAUUGAUAUACGCGAACAAAUCGGAGGUGUAUAGAAGAUUAUUUAAAGCGAAGGAUGCUGCUUAUCUUCAUCGACUCGAGACACUGCCAUUUAAAUACAGCGAGGAAGAAAUGGAAAGUCUGCACGUCGUCAGCGAAUGUCCGAAGGAAUACAUUCUCGCCAAUAUAAUUACAAAAGGAUCUCCAUAUGGUGGUCGUAUAAACAACAUUCUCUCCCGGUUAAACAACGGUGGUUUCUAUGGAAAGUGGUAUCAGAGCAUAUACCAAUCGCAGAAACGGUCGGCACUGGUGCUGAAUGGCUCGACGAUGCAUAGGAAGAUCACGAUCCGGCAUUUAUUCAUCCCAUUUGGGAUACUGUGCAUCGGACUGGCCAUGAGCAUAAUCGUAUUUAUCUACGAGUGUCUGCAAAACAACGUCCGAUAAUUUGCACGUCCUCCGCUCGGAGAAAUACGUCCGAAAUGGUUAUACCUGGCUGGAAGUAAAAAGCGGCAACUGACGUGGAAAUCGUUCCGCCCUGUCCACAUUCUGUUUUGCUCGACGGCUAGAAUGAAACAAAUGGUGCGAAUGAAACGCGAAGAGUCCCGGCUGAAGGAGAUUUAUCAUCUUGUCUUUCCUCGUCUUCGAUAAGAAAAAACAUGCUUCUCGUUUACUUGACGCUUUGGCCAAUUUCUUACCGUUUAAAACGAUCAACGGGUUUACAUAUAUCAACAUCUACGUUUGUCAUUUUUUUAUCUUUCUUUCGCACUGCAAAAAGAUACUUCAACGUUUUCGAUUUCAUCCAUUAUCCAAUAGAUUUUAACAAUUUAUUCAACGAUAGUUACCUUGUUUGAACAAUAGGAUUGUUGCAAACAAUACACAAGAGUCGAUAGAAGCAGAAUUGUUUCUGUUUUUUUCUUUUUGUUCAUUCGUGCAUGAUUUUAUAUAGCGAAAUAUUUUCACGACUAAAAGUUUAUCUCUGGUUUCAUGAGACAACAAAAUUUUUGUCGUCAUAUCCAUAUUCGUCAGAGGAUCAAAGGAACAUAGCGAGAAUUAUAUCGAACAUCGGUAUUGACAUUGAUUGUCUGGCACUAGUUGUCCCAUUUUACUUCAAUUUCUACGCUACGCAACGCUUUCGGCAUUAUCUAUCCAUUUCCCGCUGUGAAGACGACUUUUCCAAAAAUUAAACGAACCACUCUGUUCCACCUGCAAUUGAAUAGGCUUUAAUCUACUCGUAUCUCGAUGCUAUUUUGCGAAUAAUCUAUUCAAAAUUCUGAAAAUACCUUUUACAAAAAAGGUAUCACUUUCGUAAUAUCUUGGUUUCUCUUCGUGGAACUUAACGCUGGACUUCGCUUACAGAUUGCGAAGCUGAAAGUUAUCUUACUUUAAAGUUGCUCUAAUGGGUCCUUGGAAUAAUUUCCACGAACGAACUGUGAGUGACACGACACGAUGCAAGUUCGAGUAUAGGACGUGGAGAAUUAAGUUUUACGUAAUUAUGCAACGAACGAGUUUAAGGAAAAGUAAGCUCUUUGAAGGGAUAAGACACGCAUCUAAGUUAAUCACUCCCACACCACGCUUAACUUCGUUCAAGUUCUUAGUAUGCUGAUCAACGGACCGCGAGCAGUCCGAUCGUUAGAGUUUCAAGAGUCUUUUGGAAUUUUUUUACGAAGAAGCUAUACAAUUUUUCCGAUUGACAUUUUACAUAUAUAUUCUUUGAUGUUUCGAUAAGCUGCACAAAUCUUUUAAAGAGAAAUAAUUAAAAUUGACUGCACUUUCGAAUGCAGUUGAUCAUUAGAAAAAUCGAUUUUGUCAAAGAAAUACGAUAGAAUAUUCCGUUAAAGACGAAGAUCGCUGGUAAGGAUUUUUGUCAUUCGAAAGAAUUAUCUUACGUCGAAUUCCCUUUGACGUUUUCUCGUUCUAAGUAUCUCCUUUGCGAAUAAAUUCCUUCGAUCGUUAAAAAUAUACUAAAUUCGGUCGUUUUCCCCCGUGACUCGUUCCACCUUCCUGAAAUUUUGAAAGGUGGAUGUAGAAGAAGACAUUUUCCGAGUGUACAUAGCAGCAACAAACGAUGUACAAUUUGAGUAUCAAAAAGACGAGAAUAUCUGCAAUGUCGAUAAAUGUAUACGUAUAAAAGUCUGAGAAGUAUAUCUAAGAAGCGUCUCUUACCUUCGUGUAAUCACGUGUAUGUUAAUUGAUCUGUGUGUCCGCGUUCAAACGUUUAACGAACCGAUUUUCUUCUAUUUUCUAAUUUAACGUGGAAGGAUAUUAGCUAAGGAGAUCUCUCGGUAUAGUUCUUAAUCGUUAUUUCAACAAAGUAAAACGCUAUUCUAAGUUCAGAAGAUAGGGACGUGCUUCGUACUCGCCGAACACAAUCACAAUUUCAAACCACGACACGCAAUCUUCUUCGACAUAAUGCCCACAUUGCCACGAUCUCGUGAAUAGUAAUUUCAGCAACCAUCUUAUCUGCGAUGAAACGGUAACAGGGUAAACGGUCACACGGUAAUUUCCUGAUGCUCAAAGGAUUAUGUCUAAAAUUUACCAGAACGUGAUAAUAACGCGGCGUGCAUUCGUUUGACGCCGUUCAGGCGUUAAUUUUCCCUUCUCGAAAGCAAAACAAUCGGUUUUGCUAAUCAUAAUUGAGUCAGAUAGCACAAAAGUAUCCCUAUUCUAUAGACAGUAUCUCGUCGUUCACGACACCCCCUUCAUCGUUUUACGAUUAUAGUCGCAUUUCAUAUAGCCGCUCAUCUGUAGAAUAUUAAAACGAUUCCGAUGAAAUAACAAAUGGAGGAGUUUCUUUAUUCGUCCCAUUUUCAUCGUAAAACUAAUUAAUGUUUAUUCUAUAACGAAAUUGUCCGUUAAUCUAUCUGCAUGUAAUCAAAUUUAUGAUAUUCUUUGUAAUACAAACGCAUUCGUUUAUCAAUAAUAUUGAUUUACUGAAAUGUACAGAAAAGAAAAACAAAUUUCAACCCGUAAUCAGUACUUUCCAUCGACCUGUAGUUUUUAACAAUUCUAGCCGUAUUUUUACACGUUUCUACACGUAACAGGAAAAACAAAAAUAAAAACGAAGUGGAUGACGGCUGUGUUCAGAAGAGUAGAACAUGGAAAAUGGAUGCCCCACGAAGCGAGAUUUAUAUGCAUAUCUUUUAUAGCGCUAUUUAUAAUUCAGUUUAACAGCUUUUACGAAUUCAUUUACGGAACGACAACCGACUAUCAUCAGACUAUUGUACCGACGUAUACAUGAAAAUUAAUAACGAACAGUAUGAACAGUAUAAAAGAAUAAGCAAGAUCAGUCGUGUAGGAAAUUACAUAAAGACUAUGUUUUCUGCAAGGGCGCGAGAUUUUCGUUCUCUGAUCGCGCUGAUUUAUUUCAACAGAUUCAGAUUCAAUCGUUUCCGAGGACAAAGGGAAAAAGAGUAUCAGAGAAGCACUCUCGUAACACAGACAGGUACAACUUAAUCGCAUUUAGUGGAACAUCCGCUGUGAAGAAACGAAGUACGUGCUUAGAAUAUUAAAUCCAUCGAGGUGCGACCAUCGUUCGCGUAAUUUUAUAAUAAUUCUAAAACGCUUCUAUCAUAAUUAAUGCACCAAAUGUCACGAUAUCAAAUUGCAUUUAACGUAUUAUAGCCGUGAUUUACAUACACUUUUAAUUGCUUCUCAUUAAUAACGAUGUACAUAGAACCUCAUUAGUACAUCGGCUUAAUUAUUAAUCAAUCUUCACGAUGCGACCUGUAUAAUUAACGAUUCGGUUGAUUA